AUGGCUUCCUUGCUAUUGUUAAUAUUCGUGAUUCAAGCAUGGGCAGUGAAGCCACAAGGCUACGAUAGGAACAUAUUCAUAAUGGCGGGUCAGAGCAACAUGGCGGGUCGGGGCGGCGUAGUCAACGACACGGCCGCGGGGAUCACAACAUGGGACGGCGUCGUUCCGCCCCAGUCCCGACCCAACCCCUCCAUUUUGAAGCUCGAUGCGCACCUGACGUGGGUGGAGGCGCGUGAGCCGCUCCACGCGGACAUCGAUUUUAAGAAAACGAACGGGGUCGGUCCAGGAAUGACAUUCGCGAACUCGGUGUUGGAAAAACACCGAGAAUUUGGUCAAAUUGGCUUGGUCCCUUGCGCGAUCGGAGGCACCAACAUAAGCCAGUGGGAGCGAGGAAAAGAGCUUUACAAUGAGAUGAUAAAGCGUGCGAAGGCAUCGGGGCGUGACGGUGGCACCAUUCGUGCUUUGCUUUGGUAUCAAGGGGAAACCGACACGGUGAAUCUACACGAUGCACAAUUGUACCAUCGAAGAGUCCAUAAGUUCUUCCUGGAUGUUCGUGACGAUCUACAGUCUCCUUUGCUUCCUAUAAUCCAGGUAGCUUUGGCAUCUGGAUCAGGCCCUUACAUAGAGAUAGUAAGACAAGCCCAGUUAGGCAUUGACCUCCUCAACCUGAGAACUGUGGACGCUCAUGGUUUGCCUCUUCAGCCCGAUGGGCUACACCUCUCGACUCCGGCCCAGGUCCAUCUUGGGCAGAUGAUGGCUAAUGCGUUCCUUCAGUUCGUACCCUCUUCAAAUAUAAAUUACAAUCUAAGCCCAAUUCGUAAUGUGGCCACCAGGCUUUAUAAUUGUGCCUUUUAUGUUUAUAUGCUCCCCUCGUUCAUAACACUUUUCACAAAUAUGUACAAAACUUUCCUAUAG